UUUACCAUCGAAGUCAAAACACUCACUGGGAAGAUCUUCCAGGUCGACAUCAAUGACGUCACUAUAGGUACCCAGCUGAAAACUGCAAUACAAGAUCUAGAGGGCAUCCCCCCAGAUCAGCAAAGGAUCAUCUUCGACCGUACGGAGAUGACUGAUGGUGAGUUCCUCAGAUUAAAGGAGAAGCCAGCACACUAA